AAUGUUGACUCGCCGGGCUGAUGACUUUGCACUGUUGCACCGCGAUUAUCACGUGGCUGGGUUCUACUGUGUUUCUUUGUGAAUCUUCCUUUCUCUUAAUGGUAUGUAGACAUAGAUCUACGUUUCCCUACAUUUUGAUCUUGUUGCUCGAAUCUGCACCUCAUCCAAGACCCUCAUGAACCAUCACUAUGCUCCGCCACAGUAUUUCUCUCCUCCCAGCUUUUAUUAUCCGUAUCCAGUAUCGCCUAUCCAUUCUCUUUCCUCGAGCGAUCCAUCUCCUCCAGGCUUCAAGCUACACAUAGAGAAUGGCUGGUACGUCCAGCCUGCAUCUGUGCAGACUGGACUAUCCACCUUAGGACCAGUAUCGUCUAGUGAACCAUCGCUUCAUCGCUCCAGUAGACCACCAUCCCCAACUCCUUCACCUUCUUUAGUUUCGCGUCAUGAUACCAAAACACAUCAUUACUGGAAAGGAAGACUCGCUCCGCUUCCGGGCUUCUCCUCGCCCUCCGACAUGCUCAAGUUAAAUCAUGCCGUCGAGAUCAAGAAGGAUCAUACGGAGAGACCUCUUCCGCCACCUCCUGGUUUGUCGAAGAAUAACGAUGGAAAAUCCGUUUCUACCCUUGAUAAAUAUGCUGAUAUAUUCGUACCUCAAUUUCUGAAAGAUAUACAAAAACAAAGUCAAAAUUUUCAACCUCUUGCUCCGAUACCCAUUUUUCCCCUUUCUUCUUAUCUUCAUUCUUUUUUACCGUCGUCUAUUAUUGAAAAACAAACCAAUCUUCAUCCAUCUACUAUUCUUUCUGAACUACCUCCUGAGAAGGCCGCUACGUGCCAGAUUUUGAAUGCUGAUGGAUACAAACAACAUUGGAAAUCUUUGUUAUCUUGGGAGUUGGACCAGUUGGCUACCGAUAAACAGAAAAUCAUUUUGUGGCAGGUGAAGGUCAAAAUGUUGGAUUGGGCCCAAGGUCAAUUUUCCGUACUCGUUCCAGGGAUACGGGAAAACUAUCCCAGGCUAGACAUCGGGGACGUCAUUCAUUUAAGGGAAGUCCUGGUUGACUGGAAAACAGGGAGUGGGUUCGCUUUCGAAGGAAGGGUGAUUAGGCUGAAGAAACGAGAAGGCUUCAUUCAUUUUUCCUGUCCUACGCUCAAGACGCACAUCGAGACGUUUAUUAUACAAGAACCAUCGUUCCAGGCUGAUGAAGAGGUACCUCCUGUCCUCAACCUGUCUUUUAUAACAAACGCACGUCCCUCAGUUGUAAUGGACGUCGCUGUCUCUACCUUGGCUAGUGCGUUGGAUUCCAAUGGAAAGCGUGAUGUAGCUCAUCGGUGGUUAUUCCCCGAGAUGGACGAUUUGCAUCUCAAUCUUCCUGUCCCUUCCACACCACCUAAUAUAACAGGAGAGGUUUGGGUCGACAAUGGCUUGAAUGCGGAGCAACGGUUCGCCGCUUCUUGUAUAUCAAAAUUUCAAUCGCCUGUCCCGUUUCUUAUCAGUGGUCCUCCGGGUACAGGAAAAACACGAACCGUCGUGGAAACCGUCCACCAAAUUUUACAUACUCAGCCAGAAGCACAUAUCUUACUUUGUGCUCCUUCCAACUCCGCUACUGAUACUUUGGCACUACGACUUGGGUCAUCUCUCAAACCAGGAGAUAUGCUCCGCCUUAAUGACCAGAACAGAACCUUUGCGGAGGUUCCAGAUUCAAUUCGUCAAUUUUGCUAUGUUGAGAACGAUAGCUUUGCCAUUCCUACUUGGAAGAUGCUCAUGAGCUACAAGGUAGUGGUGGCGUCGUGUCUGGACGCAAAUAUUCUCGUCGACGCUGCCUGUACGAAUACCGUUCUUUGUGCGCUAGAAGAACACGUAGUGUCAUCGCUGCACCCUCACAGGAAGAUCAAGUAUCAGAUUGUUCCUCAUUGGACGCAUCUGCUGAUUGACGAGGCCGCGCAAGGUUCAGAGCCGGAACUUCUAGUUCCGAUCUCAGUCGUUCUACCCAAGCAUGAGCUUUCCGCUCCCAAUCGUACAACUUCGUUCGAUUACCACUGGCUUUCCACUGUCCCACAGUUAAUUCUGUGCGGGGAUAUCAAUCAGCUGGGACCCAUCAUCACAUCUCAACAAGCGCGUACCUAUGAACUCGAUGUCUCCUUACUCGAGCGUCUCUUCGAUAGACCGCUGUACGCGCAACACGCCGAGACACGUCAUCCUCGACGUCUACCCCUCACUGGUUUGCCGCUGCACCACAAUUCAGUGCAAUCAAUGUUCAAGCCAUUCGUGAAUCUCGUUAAGAACUACCGUUCUCACCCAGCAAUACUCAUGCCACCUUCGGCUAUGUUCUACAAUGACUCGUUAGAGCCUUGCGCGAGCAAUGGUAUGAUCUCCUGGGCGGGGCUAUCCAACAAUAAAUACCCUUUGAUGUUCCUUGGCUGUGACACUAAGGAUGAAAGCGUCGACGAGCGUGCUACCUGGUUCAACAUUGGUGAAAUAGAUCAAAUCGUAGAAGUGAUCAGCUCAUUGAUGUCGGAGGCCGCCAAAAGCAUUCCACCGCUCCAAGCUGACGAAAUCGGGGUCAUGGCACCUUGGCGAGAACAAGUUUGGAAAAUCCGAGAAAGAUUAAGGCAGGCGGGGCUAUCUCGAGUGGAUGUGGGAACUGUGGAGGACUAUCAAGGCAGAGAGAAACGAGUUGUGGUCAUCUCUUGUGUGAGGUCUAGUGCCAGGUUUCUGGCAGAAGACGGACAGAAGGGGAUUGGUCUGGUUUUUGAAAAGAAAAGAAUGAAUGUAGCUAUUACCCGUGCUAAAGAACUCCUCGUCAUAAUCGGCAAUGGCAAUCUACUCAAAUAUGAUCCAUAUUGGAAAGGUUUCCUACAGUUUGCUCUAAGGAACGCACUAUAUGUAGGUCCUGAAUUAGCGCUCGAGGACGAUGGUGCUUGGAUAUCACGCCUAGAGUCCAAGACUGCUGAAGCCGAAGAAGAAGUCGGUUUGGCGACUAUUGAUCCUACAGGGAUGAGGGCCACGAUGAUGCUAGCGGGAGGUGUAGUAAGGGAGAUUCUCAAAGAUAGUUUUUGAGUUGGGUAGAUAGAAGAAUAUACCACGAAGAUUUGAAGGAGGGUAGAAAGAAAUAUCUCUCGAGAUCAGCUCAAAGUCUACAAGAAGUUUGGGAAUUGGAUCUGGCGGAGCUUUAAUACAAACAAAUCUUGGGACAGUUGGUUUGUAAAAGGAUCUGAGCUUUAGCUGUGCCGAAACUUGACGAGAAGGAAGGUCCGGAAUUCGAAGAUAGGAUUGAGAGAGCCACCUUACUGGUAACGUGGGUUGCUAGUGCCCUCAUCAAUAUCAAGAGUUUUUAAGCA